AGAAAUUUGGAAUCCGGAACUGUACCAGAGAGUAAACACACACAGCGUACUGGAAAAGCGAGCCAAAAAUCAACACUCAACAAAAACUUUUAUGUUUUUGAUUACUCAUUACUCAUAAAAUUAUCUAUUUUUAAUCUUUUUUAUCAAAUUAAACUUCUGCUAAACCAUAAAUUCAGUGACUUUUAAAUUACUUUGAGUCGGCUCAGUCAGUAAUCUCCACUCCUAUGUUUGUAUAUUUGAGUUGCAUGUGGUGGAUUUUCCAUGGAAACAGAGGUUGGAGUUGAGGGUAAUGGCAGAGGGACUUUUGAAGACGCUAGGAUUGCGAAUGAUUACCCUUCCUUGUCUUCAACCAAACGGCUCACUGAUCCUGUUGUCUACAAGCUUGUUCGGUUGGAAGGAGAUGGGAGAUUGGUGCCGGCUACAGAGGAUGAAGUUAUGGAAGUUGAGGGUUUGCUUCUAGAUGAGAAAAAUGAAAUGCAUAUUGUUGCAGACACUGGGCAGGCUGUUGGCUGUAUUUCCAAUGAAGGAUCCUCACCUGGUGUACUGCUUCGGUUGGAAACCUCAGAAGGUUUGCCACAGUUUGAGACUACAGAUGUUGCUCCAGACAAAUUCAAUCGAAGGCUUGAGGAAAUUGUUCCUUCCUUGGUGUCAAGUAUGAGUGAGAGCCAUGUGUAUCAGUCUAGGAGCUUUGGUGAGUGCUCAAUUCCUCCUGAGAAACUGAUAGAAGGUGGAUCUGCGAUUUCUGCUGCUGCUGCUACUUCACCAUCUAAUUUUUCCAAGUUACAGGAAGAAAUUUGCUUGGAUAAUUUGUCAAUUAAAGAACUUCAUGAAAUGUUUAAAGCGACAUUUGGCCGAGAAACUACUGUCAAGGAUAAGCAGUGGCUUAAGAGAAGGAUUAUCAUGGGAUUAACCAAUUCUUGUGAUGUUUCAGAAACAACUUUUACAAUCAAAGAUAACAAGUUGAUUAAGAAAGGCAAACAAGAAGGUUAUGAUAAUGUUAAUGGUGCCUUUAAGAAUGAUCCAGUUAUAGGAACAAUGAAUGUUGAUGAGGAAGGGGCACCAAUUAACCAUGAUAACCAACUGGAAGAUUUUCAAAUUGUUGCUAACAAGAGAAACCUUAGCCUAGGUGACAAUUCUGGAAGUGAAGAUCAUCACUCUGAAGAAAGAGCAGUCAAACGAGUUCGGAAGCCUACAAGACGGUACAUUGAAGAACUUUCGGAGGUAGAAUCAAAAGAAUCAAGUGGGCGGGUAAAGACGUCAGUUAAUAAUUCUGGGCCUGCUCAGUUGUCAUCAAAUUCUCAUAGUAGGUCUGUUAGAAAUGUCGCAUCAGAUGGGAGAACUAUCAUCAUGAGGUUGGAUUCCCUUGGAGGAUACAGCAUUCAGAUUCCAUGUGUUUCUCGGGCUCGUAGAAGUCGUCCGAGGAAAAAUUUCAUGGCUCUUCUGAAGUUCAAUCCAAGUGGUGUGAGCAUGACAGCUACACUAGUAAAGAAGACACUUGCUGAACACAAUAUUUUAUCAGAUGAUGAGAAUGGGAAAAAAGUCGAGAAAACUCCACCUGCUCCCUUACAGGACAAGGACAGACCAGUCCCAACCAUGGGUGCAGUUGAAGUGGGGAAUCAGAAGGUGCCGAAGCAGGUGGAUUCGUCUGGGGAUUCAGACGAUAAUACAGCUACUGUGCCAACGUCGAAAGGGGGGAUUAGGAGGAAACAUCAUCGAGCUUGGACUCUCUCUGAGGUUAUGAAGCUAGUGGAGGGUGUAUCUAGGUAUGGGGCUGGGAGAUGGUCCGAGAUUAAGAGGCUUGCUUUUGCAUCGUAUUCAUAUCGCACAUCUGUUGAUCUCAAGGACAAAUGGAGGAACUUAUUGAAAGCUAGCCUUGCACAGAUUCCUUCAGAUAAAGGGUUAAACUCACGAAAAACAGCUGGUUCAAUGCCGCUUCCGGAGACAAUUUUGUUGAAAGUUAGAGAGCUAGCUGAGAUGCAGUCACAGGUACCGUUGAAUCAAAGCUCAGUGAAGGUAGCUAGAAAUACCGGUAGUGGUGUACAUGAAAAACAGUAAGGGCUCUUAGGACAUUGUAACUAUUAGAUUUUAAUUGUAAAAAAAAUGACUAAUAAGAGCAUAGAUGAUGUUGGUGCACAGGGCAGAGUUUUUAUGAGAAAGCACCAAAACAGUAGUGAGAACAUACUUAACAGUCUGAAAACCUGAUUUUGAGAAACUAUGAUGAGAUUUUGGCCAACCAAAAUAGAGGGAGAUUAGAUGAAA